AUGGUUGACCCGUCCGCCAGCGAGCUCCGGGGGUUGAACAACCUCCAGGACAUCCAGAACUGGGUCGGUCUCCAGCCCACUGUGUGGGCGGCUUUGCAGUCCGAGCUCGGGGAGGUUGCGCAGAUCCGCGAGGUCGUCCUCAUUCCUCCUCAUGCUUGGAUCGCCGGCGUGGCGGCCGCCCGGGUGCAGGAUGCCACCCCUGAAGGCGGGGACCCCCCACCGCCCCGUCCUCUCCGUGGCGUCGAGUUGGGGCAUGCGCGGGGGUUUCGUCGCGUCUGCCGGCUGCGCCUCGGACUACCUGCCGACGAAGAAGGCGAGGGCUCCCCUUCUGGGGGCGGCGGCGGAGUGGCGGCGCCGGGGAACCCUCUUGGGCCCCCGGAGGUCGUCAAUGCGAGCUCCAUCAGGAAGGUCAAGAUGUCGACCAUCUUCGACCAGGCGGACGACUCCGAGAUCGCCCCCUGGUCGGCCCAACGGACGCGAACGGUCAUGGCGGCCUUCAAGGCGGCCAACGACGACGAGGACCCCGAGCCAGACGAGGACGUCACUGGGGACCAGCUGGCGGCCUUGGAGCAUCGCAUCCAGACGGGCGCGUGCCCCUGCCCCGACUUCGGGGUGUGGCGGCCGUACGGCCAGCGGCCUUACGAGGUGCCAGGGCCGCCGACGUUCGCGGAGUGGCUGCCUGCGUUCCGAGUUUUCUCGGUCGGCAUGCGUGCGCUCGGGGCCGCCACGACCACGAGGCUCCAGCUGUACCAGAACAAAAUCUCCAAGUUCAACAACACCUACGGCGAGGUCUGUUGGUGGUUGGUCGCGCUGGCGGAUCAGCGGAUGCGAUCCGAGCGCAUGGAGCGCAUCAGGAGGCGCGCCGAGGAAGAGUACGCGGCUGCGCAGGUUUCGGGGGCGCCGCACGCCUUCGACCCGAAGAUGCCGUGGGACUACUGCUUCAAGGCCGCCGCUGCCGACUCCGAUUUCUGGGAUGAGGAGCUGGGGCGCAAGGCGACGCUCUGGGUCACCCACCUCAGGACCAGGCAGCAGCUCACCGACGACGGCACUGGGCAUUCCGGCCCUGGCGGAGGACGCGGCGGGGGCCGUGGCGCCGCGGGCGGCGGCAAAGGCAACGCGAAGCAUCCGGGCGGCAGGUGGCGCGGGGACGAGAGAGGCAAGCCGCUUUGCUGGGCGUGGAACCACAACGCCAAUGGGUGCAGCGAGGUGUGCGCCAACGGCAGGGUGCACGCCUGCGAGUGGUGCAGGGGCGGCAGGCAACGCUCCGCCUCGCCAGAGGGCGCGCCAGGCCAGGGUCACCGAGAGCACAGGCACGACCCGCUGCCGCACCGGGGGCGUUCGGUUCUUGCCGGCGCCUCUGGAGGCAGCCCUCCCCGAGUGGAGAAGCAUGCGGACCAGUCGCGGGGCACCCGCCCUCGAGUCCGCUCGCGCUCAGCUGCCGGUCGGGCCGCGCGGAUCGACGACCUCCGCGCGAAGCACGACCGCUUGCAGGAGGUCAUCCGCCAGCGGAAGGACCGGUUGCGCCUGGCCGGGGUGCGCCAGGAGGCCGAGGCGUCUGGGCGGGGUCGAGCCGCGCAAGACGCAGGCGGACGAUCACCCCCAAAGGCACCAGCGGGCACGUCGCUUGCCAACCCAACGGCUGGCUCCCGGGCGGCGCGGCGGGCAGAAGAGAACGAGGCGUGCAUCGGCGGGCUCCGGGCGCCGUGGAAGGCCGUCAAGAAGCUCCCGAUGCUCGCGGAGACCGGUCGGACGAUCGGGGCCUUCCUCGACGAGUUCCUGGACCAGCAUCCCGAUUUCCUCGACCUCCCCGACGGCGGCGAGCGCGCUCAGGAGCUGGUCCGGGGUCCGCGCCUUCGCACGGCGCGGGAGGACUUGCGUCGCGCCCUCGGCGCGAAGGAGGCCAAGGCGCAUAAGCGGACGCCCUGGAAGCGGGACAUCGUCGAGGCGCGCGCGGCUGCCUCGCAGGACCCGGAGGUGCACCUUGGAGAUUGGCUUCGGGACGGCGCCCCCAUCGGCGUGGCCAGACCGGUGCCGAGCUGCGGGAUCUUUCCCCAACUCGGCCCGGCCGCGAAGGAGCGCACGCAGGCGCAUGAGGUGCUAUCGUUGCUGGAGGCGCACGGCAACUACAAGAGCUUCGAGGAGGCCAGGGUGCACGCGGAGCCCGAGCUCGCUUGCAUCGUCGAGGACCGGAAGGGCGGCGCGAAGAAGGCCAGGAUCAUCAUCGACCUCCGCAGAUCGGGUGUCAACAGGCGCGUGCAGGUCGACGAGAGGAUUGUGCUUCCGCGCCCGAAGGACAUCCUCAGCAAUGCCAUGCACCUCCUGCGCCACGCCGCGGAGGACGAGGAGGUCGAGGCGAUGGCGUUGGAUUUCAAGGACGCCUUUCACACGCUGCCAGUCCAUGCAGACGAGCUCCCGUAUGGCGUGGCGAAGGUCUUCGACGGCGAGUACGUGGCGUUUCGUACGGUGGUCUUCGGCGGCGAGGCGAGCCCGCUGCUCUGGGGCCGCGCGGCGGCGUACGUCAUGCGCGGUGCGCAGUCGAUCUUCGAGCCGGAGCAUCUCCUGGGCGAGUGCGACGUCGACGACCCCCUGGUGCUCGCCGUCGGCACGGCCGAGACGCGGAGGCGGCGGUUCGCCAAGUUCCUCCUCUGGCCCAUCCUUCUGGGACUGCGGCUUUCUUGGGCCAAGGUCUCGCGGGGGAGGCGGGUCGAGUGGUGCGGCGUGGAAUACCGCCUCGUCUCGCGGUACGUCGUGCAGGCGGUGCUGGCGCAGGCUUUCGCGCAGGAGUUCAAGGCGGGGAUCGAGCAAGGGACGAGGCGGCCGCUCAUUACGCGGUCGGAGCUGCGGCGCAUCGCGGGGAGGGCGUCGUGGGCGACAGGUCUGGUGCCGACGAUGCGCUCUUUCAUCGACAGCCUGUGGGCCACGCUGGCCGACCUCAAUGCCGCGUCCAAGGGGGAUUCGGGGAUCCCCUGGAUCGGCAGGGGCCCCCAGCCAGCUGCGCAGACCUCGCGCAUCAUUGUCGCGUUGGCGUGGUUGCAUGCCUUCCUCGAGGGCGUUGUCACGGGUGGUGAUCCUGGUCGGACGGUCGACGUCAGGGAGUGGUUCCGGCAGCCGUCCAUCGAGAUCGUCUGCGAUGUCGGCCUGGCGGACGUCGAGGAGCUGGGGGUCGAGAAGGGUUCGUGCAAGGCCCAGGCGGUCCUGGAAGCGCUGGCCAUUGCGGUCGCGGCGCGGACUUGGCUUCCCAGGGAGAUCGCCCUCGACGUGGCGCAGAGUCGGUACGGCAUCGACGUGCUGGAGCACGUGCCGGGCGAGCUCAAUGACGUCGCGGACGCACUGUCGAGGGCCUUCGAGCCGGGCGGGCGCUUCGCGCUCCCCGAGGUCUUGCGGCAGGCUGGGUGCACGCGGACUCCCGUGGCCGCGCGCGACGGGUCGUGGUGGCGCUCCAUGGCCCCCACGCGGACGGUGCUGGACAAGGGCGCAGGCUCGUUGGAGCGGGGCCUCCCGCGAGUGAUCCGCGUCGUCAACGCUCCCGCCGACGCGCUGCGCGAGGGGCCGAGGCGGGUCGACGGCGCGCAGGGGCGCCGCGGCCGCGAGGAGGAGGAGAGGAGCAGCGGCGGGGUACCGGAUGCUCUCUUGGGCCCGGGGCCCGCGCCAGCCAGGCGAAGGCGGGAUGAGACGGCGGCAGCGGCGCCAGCCAAGCGUGCCUGCUUGGCAGGGGCGCUGCAGGUCAUCGGAUGUCCGCAGCGCUCCGCUGCCGCCGCCGCAGAGUUCAGGGAAGCCACCCUGGCGGUGACGACGAGGCCCGUGAUGGACAGCUACACGAAGGCCCUCGUCUCGCUGGCCAAGGCGGGCGGCUUCGAUUUGCUGCCGUUUACGCUUGAGAAGGCUUACAGGAUCGGCGGCGCGCUGCGCGCGGCCGGGUACAGGUCCACAGCGUGCUAUCUGGAGAGGUAUAAGCAGAUGCACGUCGAGGAGGACUACGAUUGGUCGGUCAGGCUGCACGGUGUGAUGAGAGGGUGCCGACGUGCGUCGAUCAGGGGCCUCGGGCCGCCGACGCACGCGGCGGUCUUCACCCUGGAGUCGUGGCUGGUGGCGGCCCAUGUGAAGCGAGCGCACGCCCAGGGCGGUCCGACCGAGCCCGGUCGCUUCAUCACUGUGGGCACUUGGUGGAUGCUGCGGGAGAUCGAGGUGGCCCUCCUCACAAUCGAGCGCGUCCGCUUCCUGGAGGAGACGGACUCAGUUGCCGUGGACCUGGGCGUCACGAAGAAGGAUAUCCAGGGCUGCGGAUGCACCCGGGUGCACUCGUGCAUCUGCCAGUGCAGGCCGGAGUGGCAAGCCAUCUGCCCAGUGUGCGUCGUCCGAGCCCAGCUCCAGAAGCGACGGGCUGACCAGGCGGAGCCUUGCGACCCAUUGUUCGCGGACGCCGCCGGCUACGCGGUCGUCAAGAGGGCCGCGGUCGCGACCAUGCGCGCGCUGCUUGUGCCGGAGGGCGCUGGACAGGUGAACGGCCACUCCUUGCGGCGCAUGGGCGCGCAGCUGCUCGCCGCGGCAGGCGUCGAGCAGUGGCUGGUCGAGUGGUUCGGCCGAUGGGGCUCCGACGCCGUCAAGCGCUACGUCGAGGACGCGCGGUCGCGGGCCCCGCAGGCACGGUCUCUGGCGCUUCGGGCGGCCCGAAGCGAUGCCAACGUGGAGCCGGGGCCUGCGACGAUGGCCGCGGCCGGGGCGCGCGAUGCCCCGCUGGCGCGCGAAGGGGAGGAGGAGCGCCAGGGCGGCGCAGCUGGCCCGAUCGGCCUCGAGGAGUUGGUCGGGCGCCUCGUGGAGGAGAGGAUGCGGGAGAGGGAGGAGAGGUUACGCCUCGUCUCCUACGCUCUCGGCAAGACACAUGUCGCGAGGGCCCGCGCGUGCGAGUCGAGAGUGCCCCGCGAGCGGAGCUCGCUGUGCGGCUGGCAUUUCGGAGGUCUCCCGCAGUCGGCCCUCACCUUCCACGAGGGGCGCGCUGACUUGCAUGACGCCUGCAGGAAGUGCGUCCGGCUCGCGGCCUCGCGUGGCUGGCCGGUGGACUGCGCUGCAGCCGGCGCCGGCGGCGAGCGUGGCGAAGGCAGCUCGUCCUCGCAGUCAUCCGAUUCCGGUUCUGGGUCGGACAG